CUGCUCCUGCCAUCAAAAAAUCUGGAUGAAAACAGAGAUGGAAGCCCUGGGGCUCUGGCCAGGAUCACGACCGGUGAGACAGCCUAUGAACAUGGUUUCCUUGUGGCGUUAUCCUCCUCAGCCUGAGCUUGUAGAAACCAACACAGGCCUGCCAUCACCAAAAUACUUUCAGCUCCAUCCCUUCUUUAUCUGGAAACCGGAGCACAGUAUAAUGCAAAGGCUAAGAAACAACUACAUCCUGCCUUGUCUCUACAGCUGUCCAAACCCUCAGGUUGUUUCCUCUGGUGUGGGAAGGCCCAGAGUGAUUCUUGGUACCAGCGGGCAAUAUUACAUCCUUUCCUCUCGACUGAGCUGUAAAGCAUGUAAAAAAUACUGGUUCGCUGAUAAACCCCAGUGGCUAGACAUGCUGCCAAAGCGGUUCUGUAACGUCUUGCCAGCCUUCCUCACCCAUAAGAAGGCCAUCUGUAAAACAGUGAUGGAUGAACUGCGGCGCUCUGGUAAAUCACCUAAUGAUAUGGCCAACCAGCUGUCUGAGGUGCUUCACCUGAAGUACGAAAGAGCCCACCUAGCCUACCUGCUCAGCGUGCAGAACAUCAGGGAUGCUGAGGCAGGGCUGUAUGGACAGAUGACCAUCACUGGGGCACUGAGGACGGAUGACACACCAGCACCGUUUGGGGGUUAUGAGGACACUGAUGGGUGGCGUGGGGUGUCUGUGACUGCACACUAUCUUGUGGAGUGCCUUCUUCAAGAAUAUCAGCGGCAGGAGGCAGCUCUCACUCAGGUCCUACAAGGCACUUUUGGACAGGUGUUCAGGUCUGAUCACACACGCAAAGUUGCUAGAAAAGUGACGCUCGCAUCUGGUACAAUGUCAUCCUAUGCUGUGAUGAAUGAGAACUGGAUGAUCCUGUCCUGGGUGAUGCUGCAGUCUGAGAGUGAGCAGUCAUUAGAGUCAAUGUACUGUGGGCUGGCCAGUCGCUAUAGUGCUGCUGCUAUCCCCAAGGCCAAGUACCAGUGGGUGGACAGGGACUGCUGUGCUGCUUUUAGAGUCAUGGACCCAGCACCUUAUGAGCACCUGCAGUGGGAUGCCUGGAGGACCACUGAAGCCAUCGUGGCAGAGGUUACCGCAGGGAACCUCAGGAAUUUAUGUGCCUCUUGUCUGAAGUACAAUGAGGACAUCAUUGUAAAGCUGGACUUGUUUCACUGCAUGCGGCGGUUCACCAGGGAGUGUGUGUCAGAACACCAUCCUCUGUAUAGCUCUUUCUGCCAUUUCCUCUCUGCUGCCUUCUCUGUAGUGGAUCAGAGUGACCUGGAGAAACUGAAAAAUGCAUACAGAUUCUGUGGUAUUGAGCCUGCUAAUCCCACCAAGCAGCAUAUCAGAGAGCACUGCAGGACAAAAGUUCCACAUCCCAGAGAGCUGGUCCAGAGGGUGGAAGAGGUGCUUCAACAUUUCCAUCUAGCAAAGGAUCCCAACAACAUCCUCCUUUUUAAACCCUCAAUGCUAAAGGUCUGGUGGAUUCAGCGUGUACACAUCCUUAGGGGCUGCCUGAGUGACCCUGAGGUGGAGGAAGGAAUCCUCUACAGACAUGGGGGGAUGUUACAGCUCAAUCAUGUAAAGGGUGAAGGAGCUGCUGUGCCCAUUUGGAUCCCUGUCAGAGGCACCUCACAGCAGGAGGGGUUUCAUUUCCACCAAGCUCAGUGGGUAACAGGCAAUCGUGUCUCUCCUGAACUGUUCCAGGCACAGGGAAUGACUGGGGUGGCACGCUGGAAUUAUCAGCGGCUGGUGGACCUGAAGCAGCCGGGGGUUGUCCUACCUGCAGUGUUUGACCCUGUGUUACUGAUGGAGUUAAACAGGGCCUCUGUGAGAGUGACAGGGCAGCCCAAAUAUCCAGCCUUGCACAUCUCCAGCAGGGACACAGGGGAGAAGUUUGGCCUACAGUAUGUGGAGCCAGGCUGCCGACCAGUGCCUCUUGACUUUGACAAACAUAAGUGCAAGAAGUCCACCCUAGGAGAUGUGGAGAUUGAAGAGGAGUCUUCAUCUGGCUUUGAGUCAUCAAUUCCAUCUAAGGAAUGGUUAGAUGAUUCCUCUUCUGCUGAGACCCCUCUUGCUGCAGAGCCAGAAACCACCCCACAGAUUGUCUCGUUUCACCGAUUUUCCACUCCAAGUCCUGUGACAGUAAAGGAACAAAGGUCUGAGGAAUUUCUGUCAGAUGCAGAACUGCUCAGGACACCACCACUGCCUAUAGCUGCUUCUCCCCGUGCAGCUCGCACUGGACCCAUUAAGACAGGUGGUCGAGUCUUUGUCUUGGACCACAACAGAUGGACGGACCCAAUGAGAAAUGCCAUCGAUGGUCUCCUGGCCAAGCACCAUGGGAGCAAGGAUCUCCUUAAAAGGGUGGAUGCUGAUUAUGCUGCUAUGGUACAGAGUGCCUGCACUGACCCCAACAGCCUUCUGCACUCAACCACGAAACAGCACAUAAACAGGUACAUAAAAUACCUUGCUAAAAAAAAAAACACAAAUGCCUCUCUCAACACCAGCCCAGAAAAGCUCCUAGAGACACAACAGUUAUGGAAGCGUCUUCACUCAGGCAGCGAAACCAUCAGUGUCCCAGUGACAGUACUGCCACCUGCUCCGUUCAAUCCACCUGCAAAGAGUGUUCCUGAAGACGUUCCUCUGACCCAGGCAGCAGUUGAGAAGAUGGUUAAAGACAUCCUAGAGAAGCACCAGGCAGCACUGCAGCAACAACAGCAGACACAAAAAAAAGCCCAAAUUAGAUCCUGUUUAGCUUGUGGUCAGCCAAAGUCUCGUUACCUGGGUGAUGGCUCCUCUGUGCAUUUCUUUUAUCAGGCUGGUGAAGUGAAAUACUUCUACUGCUCCAAGAAAGUCUUUGACACAUACUCUGCUGAGGGCCUGACCAACCCCCGGAUGCCAUUUGAAGAUUUUGCAGACACUCCCUUCUUUCAGCGGGAGCUGGAGGCCUCUAAGCAGAGGGGGGCAGAGAGGAAGAGGGUGAUUGAAGAGAGAGGCAAGAGGAAAUCAUUAGUGGAGCAUCCUUCUGGUCGUCUGUGCAGGUUCUGCCACCAGCCGCUAAAACAAGGUCCAAAUAGUCCUCAUAUCCACACUGGUUUCCCUGGAGUGGCAGGCAAAUACAUUUACUGUCCUGCUAAAGUGCUCUCCCUGUAUCAGGCGCAGGGAACGAAUGCACAGAUGACAUGGACAGAGUUUCAGCAGUCCCCGUUCUAUGAGGCUGAGAGGCAGAGGUGGAUUGUUGAAAAGAAAAAAUAACUUUGUUGUGAAACACAGCAUUUAAGGUCUGUGCAUGUUCUGUGCUCUCUCUUUCUCUCUCUCUUGACCAUUGUGGAAUUGUGUAUAGACAUCAUAAGUUAUUUGUCUUGUGUAUUUAUAAAUGUGUUUUAUAUUGCUUGUAUUUGUACAUUUUUUAAAAACUCUUAGUCCUUAUUUACAAUACAUUUUCAACACCUUACUAUAACACACUAUGUAUAUAUUCUUUAGAUAGUUAUUUUAAUUUUGACAAACUGUGAAUUUCAUUCUCCUUUAACAGAUAAUUUUACACAUUGAAAGUGUAUAAAAAUAGUAAAUGUUGAAAAUGCCUCUUUAAAAAGGUUACAUAUUAUAACUAUGUAACAUACAAUACAAUAAAAUAUACUAAAACAUGAUCAAAACAUUAAAAUGUUGUAUGGUGUUUUCAUUUUUAAUAUAAAUAUCUAAAUAUCUGAAACCCAUAUGAGGAUGGGUUCUCUGUUGAGCCUGGUUCCUCUCAAGGUUUCUUCCUAUCACCAUCUCAGGGAGUUUUUCCUUGCCACCGUCGCCCUGCUUGCUCAUCAGAGACGGCACACACACACACUUCACUUUACUUUUGUUUGUGUAAAGCUGCUUUGAGACAAUGACCUUUGUAAAAAGCGCUAUACAAAUAAAAAUGAAUUGAAUUGAAUUGAAACAUUUACUAAUGACGAUGUCCCCAUCGAUAAUUGUUUAUUAAUGAUCAUUUUUACAUUUUGCACACCUUACACAAAGAAAACUCUUAGCAAAUGACUUAUUUUUGUACUUCAUAUUAUUUUAAUAUGUUUAUCAUAUUUUAGGGACUCUACAUUAAAAAGAAGUGAAAAUCACUUUUUGGCUAAGGUGGGAUUCGAACCGCUGUUUUUAUGGGGAGGUUUGUCCAGCCCGCCUCCUGGAUUUUUCUCGUUUUCUAUUGGCUACCCAGCGCGCUACACCUACGUGCGACUGGCCUUCGCGU